AUGGCAAGCAAAUCAACUAGCAUUAACAGCUUGUUAUUCAAUACAACUGAUCUAAAGCCCCUUGAUCAAACAUGGAUAUUACAAUCUUUACAGUUCGAAACCGCCACCCAAAAAGCCAAAUCCUUCACCAAGACUCCCCCAGAUAAUGUAUUCUUGGAAUUCUACGGUCUCUUCAAACAAGCCACCGUUGGCGAUUGCAACGUUGCCCAACCCGGUGCUUUGGACUUGAAGGGUAAGGCUAAAUGGAAUGCCUGGAACUCCAACAAGGGCAUGAGCCAAGAUGCUGCCAAGGCUGCUUAUAUUGCUGCCUACGAAAAGUACGCUCCCCAAUAUGCUUAAAUUAGUGUUUG